GAAAGGGUAUUUAAAAAGUUUUAACCAGUGGUUUCAACGUCAAAAUGGUGAAAAGGAACCUAGUUUUCCUGAUAAUAACCGCCGUGGUUGUGAGAUGCUUGUUAUUUUUAUUCAAUGUGCAUGACUCGAUAUAUGAUAGGAUAGAGUUCACGACUCCUUUGACGUCGUGGAAAAGAGUUUUGGAAGGUCUGUCUUUAUUGGAUCAUGGUUUAUCACCAUACGCUGGUGAUUCAGUUCACGAGCCUCCUCUGGUGUUGUUGCUUUUUUAUCUUCUUCGAAACAAAAGCAAUGGUAUUCCCUUGUAUAUUGUAUUCAUGAUGUUUGAUAUUUUGACUGGCUUUCUUCUGUAUUUAGCUGCCAAAUGUCAUUGCAGAAAUUUGCUUUCUCGCCAGAAACGUGAUCUCAAGCAUUACUCCCAAAAUGUCGCUCCCAUAUUAAUUACAUUGGAUCAUCUAGAAAACCUCCCUGUAUUAGUAUGUGCAAGCUACUUAUUGAAUCCAUUUACGAUCGCAAGUUGCGUUGCUCAGUCUACCGGUCUCAUCACAAAUCUAUCGUUGACAUUUUCUAUGUAUUUUGCGUUUUUGGGAUCGACAUCCCUUGCAAUGUGUUUUGUCGCUUUGGCUUCGUACAAGUCUCUUUACUGUAUAAUGCUUGUUGUACCGCUCACAAUUAUUUUGACGAAGAAGAAAAUGGAUGAAUCAAAGUACCAUGUUUCCUUGGUCCGUGCUGUUAUUUCCUCACUUACAUUUUUCUCGUUUUGGAUGGGUGUUUAUCUUGCACUCUCUCGUGUUGUUAUUGGAUCGUGGCAAUUUCUAGACGCCUCUUAUGGCUUUACUUUACGAGUUCCUGACCUUACACCAAAUAUGGGUCUCUUCUGGUAUCUCUUUUUGGAAAUGUUUGAUCACUUUCGAGAAUUUUUCGUGUUGGUCUUUCAACUGAACGCUUUCUUCUACGUCAUUCCUCUUACGUCAUUACUAAGAAACGAUCCCGUGUUUUUAUUCUAUACAUUGUCAUCGGUUAUUGCGAUUUUCAAGUCUUAUCCAGCUUUGGGGGAUUUCUCCAUUCCUUUUGCGUUGUUUGUCUCAUGGAGUCAUCUUUAUCCAUAUAUGAAAAACAUAUUUUUUGUGGGGUGUAUGUUUCUCUUCUCGUCGAUAUUGGCACCAAUUUUCUGGCAUUUGUGGAUUUAUGCCGGCAGUGCAAACGCCAAUUUUUUUUAUGCUGUAACAUUGGCCUACUCUUCUGCACAGAUAUUUCUUCUUGGUGACGUCAUUUAUGCUUUUCUCCGGCGAAACUUCGAUCUAGAACAUGGCAUCACUCGGAAGAAAGUUAACGACGAAACCAUGAUAGUCUUGUUGAAAUGAGUUGUAUUUCAAAGCAAUUCCAAUUUGAAUCAUAAUACAUACUGAUAAAUGAAACGUAAAACCAACAGUUGAAGAAGAAGAAAUUCAACCACUUUCAUUUUCAUUUGCUAUUCUCACUUUUAGGUAUUAGUAAUAUUUGUUGAAACUUAUGGACAGAUUUUUAGCUUUUACUGUAAAAAUUGGUUUAAUUCAACAAUAUUUGUAUACUAGCUAUCUAAAGUUUUUCUAGAAUUUCACUUUUUUCCUUUGA